AUGUCAGCUGCUAAAUGUGCAAUCUGUUCAAAAACCUCCUACCCAUUAGAGUCAAUCGUCAAUGGUGACAAGACUUAUCACAAGGGUUGCUUCAAGUGCUCUGAAUGCAAAUUGACCCUCAAUGUCAAGAACUUCAAGUAUCUCGAUGGUAAACUCUACUGUGCUGUACACACUCCAAAGGCCACUCACACCCAAGUCACUGACUCUGUUGCCACCAAGAAUGCCUUGAAUGCACCAAAGAAGACCGCCGAAGGUUUGGGUACCGCCCAAAAGGGAUCUGGUGACCGUCCAUCGAUUGGUUUGGACUCAUUGGCCACCAAGAAUGCCUUGAAUGCACCAAAGAAGACUGCUGAGGGUGCCCGUGGUGUCCAAAAGGGUACCGGUGGUAAGCCAUCAUACACUGUUUUCGGUGCCGACUCAAAUGCCACCGCCUCCCCAAGCGCCCACGAGCAACAACACUACGGUGGUGAAGAGGAACAACAACAUUACGAAGAGCAACAACACUACGGUGGUGAAGAGCAACAAUACGAAGAGCAACAAUAUGGUGAGGAACAACAAUACGACGAGCAACAAUACGGUGAGGAGCAACAAUACGAAGAGCAACAAUACGAAGAGCAAUAUCAAUAA